AUGAGUUAUCAACAGCGUUCAAUACCAAUGUCUAUUAGUCCUGCACAUGAAUUUUAUGAUACAGUAAUUGAGAAAGUAAUGAAUAGAAUGGAAGAACGAUUAAAAGCACAUGGUUUUGAUGUUGAACAAAUUGAUACAUUUAAAAGACUAUGGAAAAGUCAAUGUGAAGAACUUGAAAAUCAGAGCGAUGAUGAAACAGAAGAAGCUCAAUACCAACAACCAUUAGACCAAUAUGGGUCUAACGACUUAUACACACAACACGUUCAGAGUUUACAAAAUCAACAAUUUUCUAUUACACAUCCUCAACAUAGUUUCCCACUUCUUUCAGGUGAUAGAACAACAAAUGACCCAUACCAUGGCUCUUUUGUCCAACAAGAAGAAAAACCAAUAAUGCCUAUAACUAUUACAGAGCCAAUUAUUCAACAACCAGUAGCAACUAUCCCACCUGUCAUUGAAAAUGUUGAGAGUGAGGAUGAUGAUGAUAGUGGCUCAUUAUCAGACGAUGAAAGUUCUGAAGAACAAGAAAAUGAUUCAGUAAUGAUUUGUCUGUUUACAUCAGUUAAACAUUCACACUCUAGACAUAGGUGUGAUUUCAUUAAUUGUGUAUUAAGAUUUAGACACAGAGAAUAUUUCUUCACUAAGUGUUUAGGUGAAUUCCAAUCAGCAUGA